GUCAGGGGAAAGCGGAAAUCUCUGUCUUGCAAUGAUGACGUCAUUCACCGUGUUCCGCUGCUGAAACGCUUUACUGUUCCGGGUCCGGGAGAAGCGAGAUAGAGGCUUGCAGGGGAGGAGGCGGCCGUUUCCUGGCCUGGGAGAGCUUGUUUAGAAGAUGACAACUGCGGCCAGACCAACGUUUGAGCCUGCAAGAGGAGGCAGAGGAAAAGGAGAGGGAGAUCUCAGUCAGCUCUCGAAACAAUAUUCCAGCAGAGACCUUCCGUCUCACACUAAAAUCAAAUACAGACAAACUACACAGGAUGCCCCCGAGGAGGUUCGUAGCCGUGACUUCAGAAGGGAACUGGAAGAGAGAGAACGGGUUGUUGUGAGGGAGAAGAAUAGAGACAGGCCAACAAGAGAACAUGCAUCUUCUAUAUCAAAGAAACCUCGUCUAGAUCAAAUACCAGCAGCGAAUCUUGAUGCCGAUGACCCCCUCACUGAUGAAGAAGAAGAUGAAGAUUCAGAUGACGACAGUGAUGAUGAUACUGCCGCCCUUAUAGCUGAGCUUGAGAAAAUCAAAAAGGAAAGAGCAGAAGAACAAGCCCGAAAGGAACUAGAGCAGAAAGCUGAAGAGGAGAGAAUUCGAAUGGAGAAUAUCCUGAGUGGUAACCCUCUGCUAAACCUCACAGUGCCUGCACAAGCUCUGGCUAGUUUUAAAGUAAAAAGAAGGUGGGAUGACGAUGUUGUUUUUAAGAACUGCGCCAAGGGAGUUGACGAAAUGAAGAAAGAGAAGCGAUUUGUAAAUGACACUUUACGUUCUGAGUUUCACAAGAAGUUUAUGGAGAAAUAUAUCAAGUAGUACAGUUUUAUGUGCUCCUCUAAUAAUGAUAUUUUAGCAAUCGGUUUGUGUUCUGUAGGUGAACGUCUGUCUGCUGACACCCCCAGCAGUAAAUGGACGCUCAACCAGCCCAUGUCUUUUGCCUGCAUGUAAUUUUGGUUGUAUGGGAAUAAACAUGUUUUUUUCUUUCUUUUUUUUUUUAA